AUGUCACGGCCCGCCGGGCGGACGCGAAGGGAGACAAAGGGGAGAGCAGCCGGCGGCAAGGAGACCAAGUACGAGAAAGACAAGGUCUAUGUCGUGGAGGUGCUGGAGCAGGGAGGGGAGGACGACGAAGACGAAUGGAAGGGGUUAGUCGGGGGGGAAGGGUUCGGGAAGGGCGCGUGGCGAGGGGAGCCCACCCGGCUGUUGCUGCUGGAUGAGGGUCACGCCAAGAGGAGAGUUGAUGAGCUCCCCGAGGCCGUCAAGGUUGUGUUAGAACACGAAGCCAACCAGGGUGGACCUUUUGCCUAUGAGCUUGUGCAAUGUCAGCUAACCCUGUUCUAUGAUUACUGGCCAAUGAAUGAGCGAUGCACUGACCUAGGGCUGCUGCUCUGGCUUACAACGCACCCUCAACAACCAUUCCUCGCAGGCCCCAGCCCACAACACCACACCGGCGCUGCCGAGCCUAGGAUCUGGGUCAUCAGCACGCCCACACAGCUCUGUGCUCCUGUCGCACGCCCACAACAGCCACCGCUGCAAGCCCAGCCUGCCCACGCACGGCCGCAGAGCCUCCGCCACCGCACGGUAACACUGCCUUUGCAAAUUCAGGAUUCAGGAAAAACAUCAACCUGUUCAGGUAGAUUUAACUGUCAUUACACUGGGUCAGUUUCUAGUUGUGGUAAUGUUCAGUUAUUGGUUCAGAGAUGUGUUCAUAGAAAAUGCGAUCAGUAUAUCUUUUUGCGUCAUAGUAUUGGCAAGAAAAAAGAUAUGGUCUUGGAGGCAUUACUUCCUGAAGGGAUAAUCAUUCCUGCAGGCUUUGAGACAGUAGGACAUAUUGCCCACUUGAACUUGAGGGAUGAACACUUACCUUAUAAGACACUUAUAGCUCAUGUAAUUUUUGAGUACAUAAUGGUCGUUCUAGACAAAAACAAGCCAAAGAUCCAAACUGUUGUCAAUAAGAUUGAUGCUAUUCAAAAUGAUUACAGAACUAUGCAACUUGAAAUCUUAGCUGGCCACGAUUCCCUUGUUACAACAGUUAUUGAGAGUGGCCUUCGUUUUCAAGUUGAUCUUGCAACAGUCUAUUGGAAUUCUAGAUUAUCAACAGAAAGGCAGAGGCUUGUCAACAAUAUCUUUCAAAAUUCUGAUGUUGUAUGUGAUGUAUUCUCUGGUGUUGGGCCAAUAGCAAUUUCAGCUGCAAAAAAAGUCAAAUAUGUUUAUGCAAAUGACCUAAACCCAGCUGCAGUUGAGUACCUUGAGCAAAACAUUGUUCUUAACAAACUUGAGAGAAAAAUUGAGGUAAUUGCCAGUUUUACUUCAAAAUAUGCUAGGGUAGCACAAGUGCAUUUAUUUUGUUUGUCUAGAUCUAUGUGGGAGAUGUAG